UUUAACUUAGUAGAAAUGCCAGGAAGACAAAAACAUUCAUUACCUUCCAUCACGCUUUAUGUCUUGCUCAUGCUUAUAGCCAGCGUUGUUGCAGAUGCUGGAUAUCCAAGUCAAAAGGAAAGUAAGACCAGGAGCUAUUCACGUAUACAUCUUAAUUCAAAGAAUGAGUUUUUGGAAACUCAGGAUCACUGGGAUAGUGAAAGUUCAGAAACAGAUAGCUUCUUACACAUUCCAAGAAAAGUUCAGUUACGUACUGUUGAUUCAGAGGAUUUGUCACAAGAAACUGAUGCUUGGGAAUCUGGUAUUGAGGAAGAGACUCAAGAUGAGUUAUACGGAGAAAUCACCCAGGAGGAACCUCCAGUACACAUGCAUGAUUCUUCAGAGUCAUUCAUCAGUAGAUUGCAAGAGGAUUCAAGAUCUGGAAAUCUUUUCGGAAGAAAUGUAUGCAUCAUCAUCCUCUCACUAUUCCUAAUCACAGUAUUUCUGAUAGCUUUCUUAAGAAUAGCUGAUAUGUCUUCUAACUCAAAACAGUCCCUACAUCAAAUCAGGAGGGACAGAAAGAUAGAGAUCGUAACUAUUCUGAACACUAUUAUCACUCAUAAUGUGAUAAAGAGCCUAAAGAAAUCUCCUGGCAAGAACUAUGGAAAGAUCUUUUCUUCCGUCUGUUCCGAUGAUAUCCAAGAUGAGGAAUAAAAUCCAGGAAAAUGGCUUUAAUCCAGAUUUAUU